GUUACUUUACCUUCUCCAUUUCAGACGAUGGCCAAGGCUAUUGACCCCAUGAUCGCCCCGCAGAUAGAUCCGGACCAAUAGAUGCUCUGUUCGAUGGAUGUGUUUGAGUUCUCAGAGGAGUUAGAGACAAAAUGGUUAGAGAAAGAUCCUAGAGACUCUUGGGCGAUGUUGAACAAAGCUCCAAAGGGUGAACAUUUCGUGGUAGAACUCGAUGUGGGUGGGCGAAAGGUUGGUGCCUUCGCAAACAUAAGUUCUACACGGAAUUUCAUCAGUCGUGCAAAGGUUGGUGCCUUCGCAAACAUAAGUUCUACACGGAAUUUCAUCAGUCGUGCUUAUGUGGAUAUGUUGCGCUUAGGGGACCAAGUGCAGCGGCUUAGCAAAUUUGUAGCAUCAACCUUAGCCAACAAGCACUCGAUCAUGAUAGUCAGAGACUAUGUCAAGGACGUAGUCUGCACCUUCUCCUAUGGAGGAGGGGAACUGAGACACAAGAUCUCGUUCCUAGUUAGCGACGAGCUGCCAUUCGACAUGCUGCUAGGAAUAUACGACCUCGAGUAUGCUAAGCCUCAGUUCGAUUGGGAUAGGAAGGUGAUGAUCCACAAGUUGCCAAAUGGAAGGAGCGUUAGGCUGCAAAAGUUUAAGGUUAGCAGACUAGUGGAGAAUUAUGGUUGCAUGUGUGCAUCGUUUUUCUAUAACUAUUACAAGCAUAAUCGCAAGGAAGAUGACUGGGAUGAGAAGUUACCUCUCAUCGCUAGCCUGUACAACAAUGUUGUGCACAACACUAUCGGUAAGACCCCCAACCAGCUGCAUCUUGGUUGGAAGCCCAGAUCUGCUCUUGACUUCCUGUUGCCUGAAAAUCAGCCAACCGCAGUGCCUGGUAGCAUAGAGUUUGUUGUCAAGUACGAACAGAUGCUGCAGCAGGCCGUAGAGCACAUCAAGAAAGCUCAAGAUGUCAUGGUUGCAUCCGAGAAUAGACACAGACGACUAUAUGCAUUUCAGGUAGGUGAACAAGUCUGGGUAAAGUUAUAUGAGUUGGGACACGAGUUGGGAAUCUCAUGCAAACUGAUGCCACAAUACUUUGGACCUUGGGAAAUUUUGGACAUAGUAGGAGAUCAACCCGAUGGUCCAUCAUAUGUUAUUCGCAUUCUUGGUCAUCUCAGUACACUCUCCGUUUUCCAUGCAUUUAAGUUGGCACCGUUCGCUGAAACUAAAGAGUUUCCCUCAAGAAGAUCGAUGUUGCCCCCAACCAUGGACAGACGUGUGGACAUUCACGAUAUCGUCGAGCACAAGCUGAUGCAUGUGCCCAACCCUCCAGGCAGGGGACGCCCUCCGAAACCGCAGAUGCAAUAUCGAGUGUGGUCCCGGCAUCGUACAGAGCCUAAAGAAGAUCGGUGGUUUACAAGAGAAUAAUUAAUGAACACUGCUCCUCAGA